AAAGAACUACAUAAAGUGGCUACAUUAUGGAACCUCCACAACAUUCGACCAUCUAACAAUUCCGAAUCGCCGUCAGGAAGGCCCGACACGAUGUACUUUGUUCCGGAAAUCACUGGAACCCGUGACUACAAAAUAGAUGUAGAUCUGGAUGAUCUUGAGGCGGCAAAGGAAAUGUUCUCGUCAGACAGGCCGCUAAAUGGAUGUUCUCGAGCGUUUAGCGAACUUGCUGUAAUGUUAAUGGAAGAUAAUAGACUGAAUCAUCCGAGUAACGCUGAAGAGGCUACGACACUUUACUUGAACUUGCUACACUUGAUCGACCCAUUGUUAUGA